CAAGAGCUCUUGAAGAUAUCUGAAGAAGAGUUUGGCCUCUCCACGGACGGACCAAUCACGUUGCCAUUCGAUUCGGUUUUCUUAAAGUAUCUAAUCAAAUUGGUCGAAAGAAGAAUGGACGGAGAUACGGAAAAGGCUUUGUUAAUGUCGAUCUCUAGUGCAAGAUGUUCUUUACAUUGUUCUUUGCAACAACAAGAACAGAGUACUCAACAAUUGUUUGUGUUUUAGAGUUUCUUUA